CAACCUCAACCAACAACAACCCUCCCAAAUCUCACCAGCCCCCUUCUUGAACCCUUUUAAGCACCCUGUACGCUUAUAGUCACUCUUCAACAACACUAAUUCCAUCAGGAGUAAGUAUCCCUUUCCCCUCCCAACACUGUGAAGCUUCCACCUCCCCCGCAUCACCACACUUUCUGUGAUGCUCUUCCUCAUCAUCCCCGACCCGUAUGAUGUCCAUUGCCAAAUCGAACAUCAACACCCUUGACGGGCAAGUUCAACUCUUGAAUCGUUGUGUCUUCAUCCCAAUUCUUGCAGCAACAUGGCACCUGGCAUCUUCGACUAACACGCUCGCCUCAGUGACUCGAUCUCACAAGUAUAACGACCGUGACCACGCCGGCCUGGCCGACGGAACUGCCUCUCCCCAAGAGCACUUGCCCCGCUACUUUGCGAAGCACGGCCACGAGGGCGUCGAUCCCAAGAAGGUGAAGAAGAAUGGCGGCGGCAGAAGCAAUUGGGGAAAUGCUGGCGAGGAAGUCAUUGACGAGGACUUCCGCUUCACCAAUGCUCGCCGCCGCACCAACAGCAGUGGCUUCGCUGAUAACAUCGGCGCCUUCAAGACCAAGUUCGACGUCAACGAACCCGAGCCCGUCUUUGAGGAGUCCAUACACGGCCCCUCUGAGGAAGACGGCGAGGACCUCACCAAGACCGAGUCCUCCGAGAGUGGUCGCUCUUCUGCCUACGGUGACGAGAAGAUCACCAAACACUAAUUAUACGACUGUGACGUCUCUUACUCGAGUGCAAUCACUCUCAUAACCGCUAUCCGGCAAGGCAGUCAAUGUUCACUUCACGGCUUUUCUUGUUCGUCCUACGAACCAUGUUAACAACAAACACUACAACACAAACACAUUUUACAAUAUGCAUGGGAGGACAUUCUGCCAUUUGCUUCAAUUAUCUCUCUUUUCGAAAAGGGUUCGGCGACAUAUGGCUUUGUAUUUCGAGGAACAGAAUGGGGAUCUGGGGGCAUCUCUACUCGAAAGAUUGACUGCUUCGGUGGCGGAUGACAGUAUGCAUCACGAACUUCUUAUGACCUGGCGACGAAAAAAUCGCC